AUGCAAAUAAUAACGAAAGCGAACUACUUCAGGACUUACCCCUACUGCUUUCAGGAGGUCUUCCUCUUGCGGGGUCGGUCCCCCUCCUUUUUGUUCUUGGUCGACUCCUUUUUCCGUAUUAGUAUGACACUAAGUCCUCCUUCUAAGCGUCAAGAGCAUGGCAAGGAAGUCGCGUUUUUGCAUGACGAACUAUGCGCCGGCCAUUGGUCGCUUCGCGUAUUUUCGUCUCAUUCAAAAUGCGCACUACGGUUUCUUUGCACUCAUGCAGACCCAAAUAGAAUUGCAGCGCAUAGCUCUGAAGAAGUGGGAGCAGGAGAAAAGCCCGCCCUUGGAUGA